GCUGAAAAAAUCAGUUUCCUACACACCGGAAUACAGACAAGAAGCAGGCGCUGCAGAAUGGCUGAUUCAUCCGAGUCCUUCAACAUUGCCACCAGCCCCAGCAGAGGCCUGACCUCCAGCCCAGGUCGUGAUUUACCCCCAUUCGAAGAUGAGUCUGAGGGGCUGAUAGGGGGAGAUGCUCUUCCUGAGGAGGAGGAAGAUGAUGGAGAGGAGCUGAUUGGAGAUGGCAUGGAACGGGAUUACCGUGCAAUUCCGGAGCUGGACCAGUUCGAAGCGGAAGGCUUGGAUGAUGAUGAGGACCUGUCCGAGCUGUCUCCUGGAGCUCGAGCCGCUGCUGAGGAAGCCAUGAAGCGUCGGGACAGGGAGAGGGGUCUGAGUGGGCGCAUGAGGAGGGGGCUGCUGUACGACAGUGAAGAUGAGGAUGAGGAGCGGCCAGCUCGGAAGCGGAGACUGGCAGAGCGAGCAGCGGACGGGGCUCCACAGGACGAUGACGAGGACAUGAUUGAGAGCAUAGAGAACCUGGAGGACCUGAAGGGCCACUCUGUCAGGGAAUGGGUGUCCAUGGCGGCCCCACGCCUCGAGAUCUACCACCGCUUCAAGAACUUCCUGAGGACCCACGUGGACGAGCAUGGACACAACGUCUUCAAGGAGAAGAUCAGCGACAUGUGCAAAGAGAACAGAGAGAGCUUGGUUGUGAACUAUGAGGACCUGGCAGCUCGAGAACACGUCCUGGCCUACUUUUUGCCUGAAGCUCCCACAGAGAUGCUGAAGAUCUUUGAUGAGGCAGCGAAGGAGGUGGUGCUGGCCAUGUACCCCAAAUAUGACCGCAUUGCCCACGAGAUUCACGCCCGCAUUUGUAACCUGCCACUGGUGGAGGAGCUGCGUUCCCUCAGGCAGCUGCACUUGAACCAGCUGAUCCGCACAAGCGGAGUGGUGACCUGCUGCACAGGGGUGCUGCCUCAGCUCAGCAUGGUCAAGUACAACUGUAACAAGUGCAACUUUCUCCUGGGGCCCUUUUUCCAGUCCCAGAACCAGGAGGUGAAGCCAGGCUCAUGUCCAGAGUGUCAGUCCCUGGGACCCUUUGAGAUCAACAUGGAGGAGACAGUCUAUCAGAACUACCAGCGCAUCACUAUCCAGGAGAGCCCAGGAAAGGUGGCAGCUGGAAGGCUGCCUCGCUCUAAAGAUGCCAUCCUCCUCGCGGACCUGGUGGACAGCUGCAAACCUGGGGAUGAGAUUGAGCUGACAGGUAUUUACAACAAUAACUAUGAUGGCUCGCUGAACACAUCUAAUGGCUUCCCGGUGUUUGCCACAGUCAUCAUGGCCAAUCACAUCUCCAAGAAGGAUGACAAGGUGGCGGUGGGAGAGCUGACAGAUGAAGAUAUCAAGGCCAUUGUAGGCUUGUCGAAGGAUGAGCGCAUAGGGGAGAAGAUUUUUGCCAGCAUUGGACCUUCCAUUUAUGGCCAUGAAGACAUUAAGAGAGGACUUGCCCUGGCACUGUUUGGAGGGGAGCCAAAAAACCCAGGUGGGAAGCACAAGGUGCGUGGCGACAUUAACAUGCUGCUCUGUGGAGAUCCUGGCACUGCCAAGUCUCAGUUCCUGAAGUAUGUGGAGAAGGUGGCCAGCCGAGCAGUGUUCACCACGGGCCAAGGCGCCUCUGCUGUCGGUCUCACAGCCUACGUCCAGAGGCACCCUGUCACCAGAGAGUGGACACUAGAGGCUGGGGCCCUGGUGCUUGCUGAUCGAGGAGUCUGCCUGAUUGAUGAGUUUGACAAGAUGAAUGACCAAGACAGAACAAGUAUCCAUGAGGCAAUGGAGCAGCAGAGCAUCUCCAUCUCCAAGGCUGGGAUUGUUACCUCUCUGCAAGCCCGCUGCACAGUCAUUGCAGCUUCCAACCCCAUCGGUGGCCGUUAUGACCCCUCACUGACCUUCUCUGAUAACGUGGACCUAACUGAGCCCAUUGUGUCUCGAUUUGACAUUCUCUGUGUGGUCAGGGACACAGUGGACCCAGUCCAGGAUGAAAUGCUGGCUCGCUUUGUGGUGAGCAGUCACAUUAAGCACCACCCCAGCCACAAGGACGCAGUCAACGGAAACCUAGAGGACAUCAUCCUGCCCAACAGCUACGGGGUGGACCCUAUCCCACAGGAGCUGCUCAAGAAGUACAUCAUCUACGCCAAGGAGAAGGUCCACCCAAAGCUCAACCAGAUGGACCAGGACAAAGUGGCCAGGAUGUACAGCGAUCUCCGCAAGGAGUCUAUGGCGACGGGCAGUAUUCCAAUCACUGUGAGACACAUUGAAUCCAUGAUUCGUAUGGCGGAGGCUCACGCCCGCAUGCACCUGCGUGACUAUGUGAUGGAGGACGAUGUCAACAUGGCCAUCCGCGUCAUGCUGGAGAGCUUUAUCGAUACUCAGAAAUUCAGCGUGAUGAGAAGCAUGAGGAAGACAUUUGCACGUUACCUGGCCUUCAAGAGAGACAAUAACGAGCUGCUGCUGUUCAUUCUGAAGCAGCUGGUGGCAGAGCAGGUCACAUACCAACGGAAUCGCUAUGGGGUGCAGCACGACACCAUCGAGAUAGCAGAGAAGGACCUAGCUGACAAGGCUCGUCAGAUCAACAUACACAACCUGUCUGCAUUUUACGACAGCGACCUCUUCAAGCUGAAUAAAUAUUCCCACGAUGUCAAGAAAAAGCUGAUUGUUCAGCAGUUCUAAAGCCCUGGGCCGAGCCACCAAGCUGCCUUGGAACUGCACACUGCUGGAUACCAAACUGCCUAUGGGCCGUGACACAAGUGACUGAAAACUGAGUACCAAGCACUGGCGGCAAGAAAAGAAACCGCUGAAGCCUCUUACUUGCUUUAACUACUGGUUACAAAUGUAUUUUUUGGAACAGUUUUUUUGUUUAAGUCAGAGGGAUACUGACAUCGUCCUUAAAGGACUUUCAUAAGGUAAAUGAGUAUGAACAUAUUUUCAGUUUCAGGAAUUGAAAAAACUGUCCUGCAUAUAGAAGUGAGUUUAUUAAUUGCAUGAAUGUAUGCAGUGAGAGACCUCACAUGUCUGUUCCUCCCCUUUUGUAUCCUUGUGGAUUUUCAUCAAGUUGUAAGUUUGAAAUGAUUUAGUAAUGCUCUGUAACUUGAGUAGAGCACCCUUCUUGGACAGUGGAAUUUUACCUUCUAGUGGCCUGAUUGGAUCUUCAUGCUAAAUGAAAAGUUAGAUCUUAAUACCCAUAUUUAUGAGACAACCUAACCACUAGUUUUGAGGUGCAUUUCCUAAACUGCUUCUGCACAAGGUGGCUUUUAACUCCUCUUGACUGGGAAAUUUGCCAUUUUACCAUCGCCUUUUAAAGAUGAGUUGCUGUUAUGCUGACUAUAUACAAUAUACUUUUUGUUAUUCAAUGUGAUUCAAUUUUCCUGCCCUUGGACUGUUCUUCUCUUUCUGGUUUUCAACUGUUUGCGUGUCAAGGCAUAUAAAGUUUUGAAAUGUAGUGACUUGCAAAAGAAAUGCUGCUGCAUUUACUGCAAUUAAGUAAAAUGUAGCUUGCAGAAUUUAAAAGUGAAAAAAGUAGAAGUGACUUGAGCAUUGAAUGCUUGUAUCUGUAUUUUCCACAGAUAGGUAUUACGUAUUUGUGCAGAGAAUAUCUGCAUUUUAUAAGAAAUUUGGGGUAUGAGAAUACAGUAUGUUUUUGUGUAAUGUAUUUUUGUGUGCUGUAUUUGCAUUGUUCUGUAAUAAAGACUGUUAAUAAAGUUGUGC